AUGGCUCCUGUACUCAGCAGAACAUUGGCCACGGCCUCUCUCGCCUCGCUCCCUCCUUCUUCCUCCUUUACGAGGGCUUCCCCUCUUAGAACCGCUUUUCUGCCGCCGCAGCUCGGUUGCCGAAGGAGCUUCUCCUCCGCUGCGGGGCUGAGGUGGGCGCAGAGGCGCCAGAGGAAGCUCGCUGUUCGGUGCGAGGCCGCCGUGGCGGAGAAGGAGGAGGCCACCGGGGAGAAGUUUGAAUACCAGGCUGAGGUGAGUCGAUUGUUGGAUUUGAUUGUUCACAGUCUAUACAGCCACAAAGAAGUUUUCCUUCGAGAGCUUGUCAGUAAUGCUAGUGACGCUUUGGACAAGUUGAGAUUCUUAAGCGUGACUGAGCCUUCUUUGCUUGGAGAUGCUGGAGAUCUUGAGAUACGUAUCAAGUCUGAUCCAGACAAUGGAACUAUAACUAUAACAGAUACUGGUAUUGGAAUGACCAAAGAAGAGCUCAUUGAUUGCCUUGGAACUAUUGCUCAGAGUGGUACCUCAAAAUUUUUGAAGGCACUUAAGGAAAACAAGGAUCUAGGAGCAGAUAAUGGUUUGAUUGGUCAAUUUGGUGUUGGAUUCUACUCUGCUUUUCUUGUUGCUGAGAGGGUUGUUGUUUCUACUAAAAGCCCAAGAUCAGAUAAGCAGUAUGUUUGGGAAGCCGAAGCUGACAGUAGCUCUUAUGUAAUAAAGGAAGAAACUGAUCCUGAAAAGCUUUUGCGUCGUGGUACACAGAUCACACUCUAUUUAAGAGAAGAUGACAAGUAUGAAUUCUCGGAGUCAACGAGGAUUCAGGGUUUGGUGAGGAAUUACUCACAGUUUGUUUCCUUCCCCAUCUACACGUGGCAAGAAAAGUCAAAAACUGUGGAGGUGGAAGAGGAGGAAGAACCCAAAGAAGGGGAAGAACCAAAGGAAGAGGGUGAGAAAAAGAAGGUGAAAAAGACUAAAACUGAGAAGUAUUGGGACUGGGAAUUAACCAAUGAAACGAAGCCAAUAUGGAUGCGGAACCCAAAAGAAGUUGAAAAGGAGGAGUACAAUGAAUUUUACAAGAAGACUUUCAGUGAAUUCUUAGAACCACUUGCACAUACUCACUUCACUACUGAGGGCGAGGUUGAGUUCAGAAGUAUUUUAUAUGUUCCUGGAAUGGGACCUCUUAACAAUGAAGAAGUUGUGAACCCUAAAACAAAGAACAUACGGUUGUAUGUUAAGCGUGUAUUCAUUUCGGAUGAUUUUGAUGGGGAGCUGUUUCCACGUUACCUGAGCUUUGUGAAGGGUGUGGUUGACUCAGAUGACCUUCCUCUUAAUGUUUCUCGAGAGAUCCUUCAAGAAAGCAGAAUUGUAAGAAUAAUGAGAAAGAGACUUGUCAGGAAGGCAUUUGAUAUGAUUCAAGACCUUGCUGAGAGUGAAAAUAAAGAGGACUACAAGAAAUUCUGGGAGAACUUUGGUAGGUUCAUAAAAUUAGGUUGCGUUGAAGACACUGGAAAUCAUAAGCGCAUAACACCAUUAUUAAGGUUCUACACUUCCAAGAGUGAGGAGGAACUUAAAAGCUUGGAUGAUUAUGUUGAAAACAUGGGUGAAAACCAAAAGGCUAUCUUUUACCUGGCAACUGACAGCUUGAAGAGUGCAAAGACUGCUCCAUUCGUGGAGAAACUGAUUCAAAAAGAUAUUGAGGUUUUAUAUUUGGUUGACCCUAUUGAUGAAGUUGCCAUUCAGAACCUACAGACAUAUAAAGAAAAAAAAUUUGUUGAUAUCAGCAAGGAGGAUUUGGAAUUAGGUGACGAGGAUGAGGUCAAAGAGAGGGAAAACAAACAAGAAUACAACCUACUCUGUGAUUGGAUAAAACAACAGCUUGGUGAUAAGGUGGCCAAAGUUCAAAUUUCAAAGCGCUUGAGUUCAUCUCCCUGUGUGCUUGUAUCAGGGAAGUUUGGUUGGUCUGCAAACAUGGAGAGACUAAUGAAGGCACAAGCUCUUGGGGACACUUCAAGUUUGGAGUUUAUGAGGGGGAGGAGAAUAUUGGAGAUUAAUACAGAUCACCCCAUUAUCAAAGACUUGAGUGCUGCCUGCAAGAAUGCACCUGACAGCAGUGAAGCUAAGAGAGCGGUCGACCUCUUAUACGACACAGCUCUAAUUUCGAGUGGAUUUUCUCCUGAGAGCCCAGCUGAGUUGGGUAAUAAGAUUUAUGAAAUGAUGGCCUUGGCCGUGGGAGGAAGAUGGGGUAGAUCAGAAGAAGAGGAGGGAGAAACAUCUGUUGAAGCUGAGCCAAGCACAGGUGAAGAAAGUUCAGAGCCUGAAGUUUAUGAAGCCUCUGAAGUCAUUGCAGAGAGUGAUCCCUGGACAACUGAUUAG